GGGCAACCCGGGCAGGCACUCGGUGUCUCUCACUCGCAAGGGGCAGUUGGCACCACACUCCCUUGAUCGUCGCCGCGCCAACAGGGAAGUCCACUUGUUAACUGACAGGAAUUGAGAGCAUUCAGCACAUUUGAGCAGACUGACUAAUCCCACUCCAGUUGGUCUGACGAGAGUUGGAUGAGUCAGCAGAGAGGGCUUCGCUGACCUAAUUCGAGUUGGUCUGCCAGGUGACCCCGGACAAGGAGCUUUGGUGUCUGCAAGAGUCAGGAGUUCUUGGCUGACUAAUCCUUCCCACAGCCCAGGAGACAGCAGUGUCAGCAAGAAUUCGACAAGAACUCUCCGCCGACACUUAUCAACAAGAAUCGAACCAGUCCUCUCGGCUGACGAUCUCCCCACUCGCAACCCAAGAGUCAGCAGUGUCAGCGAGUGUCAGAACAAGACCUCUCGGCUGACCAAUAGCUUUCUAAGCGGACGUGACGCGCCGGGGACAGCCACCAGAGUCAGGGCGCGAGCUACAAAUUACCUCUUGUCCAGCGGGCCGAGAGAGGAAGCCACUUGCCUGUGUUUGUUGUUCUUGUUGUAAGCGUCUCGCUUUGGUGUUCUUUUUGCAAAAAAAAAAGAGGAAAGUGAAGAAGAAAAGAAAAAUAUAUAACACGGAUAUACGUAUAAAUAACAGAGAAAAAUAAGAGAGAGAAAGAGAAAGAAAACAAAACAGUAACAGUGCAAUAAAAAGGAAAAGUUAACAGACUCAGACUCGAGUGUGAUUCGAACGGUGCUUCGAAUUUCCCUCACGCCAUCGCUUCUUUGUUAAACCCAGUGCAUUAACCAGCUAAUAAAGUCGCGAUGAACUGAACAAAGACCCAUCCUGUGACGCUGCUACAGAACCCCUAAGUAGUCAGUCCCCCUCGCUACCUGGGAUAUCCGCCGGGGUUGAGCACGUCAGAGGCGAAAACCUACGUCCGGCGAAAAGGAUGGACCACCUAGCCACGCCCCAGAGGUACCCGGAGGGAGGGUAUCACAACAUGACGUGGGAAGCUUACCAUCAACCAGAGGACGAGUCGGAGAUAGCGAAGUGGGUGACGAGAAUGUCCCGCGGAGUAGCCACUUCGAUCGCAGUCCUUUUCAUCGGCUACAUGAUCUUGGGCCUCACGGGGAACUUCCUCACGAUCCUCGCCCUUCUGAGGUGCCCCCGGGUGCGGAACGUCACGGCAGCUUUCAUCAUCAGCCUGUGCGUCGCGGAUUUCCUGUUCUGCGUGUUGGUCCUGCCGUGGGAGGUCUCGCGGUUCUUGGCCGGAAAGUGGAUCUGGGGCGAAGGGUGGAUCUGCACGCUGUUUCCGCUGCUCAGAUAUUGGAAUGUAGCUGUGUCUCUGCUCUCGAUCGCUAUGAUUACCAUUAACAGGUACAUAAUGAUAGCCCACUUUAGCGUCUAUAAGUCCGUGUACAGGAAGGGGUGGAUCGCCCUUAUGAUCGCCUUCUGCUGGGUCUUCGCCUUCGUCAUGCUGCUGCCGACGCUCCUGAAGAAGUGGGGGAGGUUCGGAUUCGACGCCCGCCUGCAGACGUGUUCGAUCCUCGACGACAACAAUAAAUCCCCGAAACAGGUGUUGUUUGGGAUCGGAUUCUGUGUUCCGGCCAUCAUCAUCGUCAUUUGUUAUUCGCUUAUAUUCUUCGUUAUCCACAAAUCCGAGAUGAGGAUGAGGCACCACAGCACGCGAGGCAUGAACGGGACGCACUCGGGGCCUCCUUUGCAAAGUCAGGUCAGAGGCACGGGCAAGAUGGAGCGCGAGGCCCGGAGGAGAAGAAACGAAUGGAGAAUCACCAAGAUGGUUCUAAUCAUCUUUAUCGCCUUCUUGGUGACGUACCUGCCCAUUACCCUCGUCAAGAAUUUGGAUAAGAAGGUGAACUAUCCAGGUCUUCACGUCCUCGGCUACGUCCUCAUCUACAUCUCGUCAUGCAUUAACCCGGUCAUCUACGUCAUCAUGAACAGGCAGUACCGGCAAGCCUACAAGACGGUCCUCCUGUGCAAGCGACCUCGGCUGCCGUCGCUCACGUCGUCUCAUUCAGAGUUGCCCAAAGGGUCGGCGAGUCGCAGAGCGAGGGAAGGCCAGGAACAGGGCAGCGGUUGAGGAGCUGAACGACAAGACGCUCAUGUCACAAGUGUCCCUGUCCGACGCAGCUGCCAUGCCCGAGUGCCAUGAGCUGCCGGAGGUCUUCGUCGACAAAUGAGGAACGAAGGGCGGAGGAGGAGGGUGUUAGG